AUGCAGGUUGACAAGAUCCCAGAUUUUCUCGCGGAGAAACGAGGGGAAGCUCUUGACGAAUCUCAAUCACUGCUUUUACAGGUUGAAGAUUUCUGGGAACGAAAACUAUGGCACCAGCUCACAAACGCUCUGAUAGAGUACUUUUGUCUACCAGAAAGUGCACCCCAGAGGCUGUCGUUCUUCAAGAACUUCAUUCUUACCUUCGCGGACAAGAUAAAUCAGCUCAAGUUUGUAACUCUGGGACUUAUGGCGUCAACACAAUGCAGCGAUGACCAAGAACGACUCUCCUUUUUAGCUUCGUUAGCAAACAAAGUCGAUAAACCAGAGUCAAAGGAUGCGCAUGUGUAUGCUAUCGCAGAUGUUGCGAGCGUCAAGCUACGGCUGAAGGACUUUGAAGGGGCACGAAAGGAUCUUGAUGCUUCGCAGGCUGUAUUGGACAUGUUUGAUUCGGUUGAGAACGUAGUGCACGCAGCGUUUUACAAAGUCAAUGCAGACUAUUACCAUGCUAAACUUGAAUUUGCUUCAUACUACAAAAAUGCCCUCCUUUACCUAGCGUGCAUCGACCUGCAAUCUCUGGCACCAGAACACCGUGUUGCCAGGGCAUACGAUCUGAGCGUUGCAGCUCUGGUCUCUGAUACUAUUUACAACUUUGGUGAAUUACUUCUUCACCCUGUCCUAGAUGAGCUAAAGGACACACCCCAUGCCUGGCUUCGUGAGCUACUUAUGGCUUUUAACCGGGGCGAUUUGAGCGCAUAUGAUGUUCUGGCUGUCAACAUGGAUAAAAACCAAUUACUCCAACGACAUAAGGUAUUUUUAUACCAGAAGAUAUCCCUUGCAGCACUCACCGAAAUGGUUUUCCGACGACCACCACACAACAGAAGCAUGACGUUUGCUGCUAUAUCAGAGGAGACCAAAGUUCAACCUAAUGAAAUCGAACAUCUAAUAAUGAAAGCGCUGAGCCUCGGCCUCCUAAAGGGUACGAUUGACCAAGUUGCACAGAUAGCACACAUCCACUGGGUGCAGCCAAAGGUUCUGGACAUGAGUCAGAUCGAGGGAAUGCGGACAAGGCUACGUGAAUGGGAUGCUGGGGUUAACCAACUCGGCCACUGGAUUGAAAGUGUAGGAAAGGACGUCUGGGCUGCAUAG